GCGUAGGAGCAGAGAGUCGGUGCUGAGCGGAGCAGCAGGCCGCGCGCAGCGUGAUUCCCGUGUUUUUCUGCAGCAACGUGCAGCCCGCGUGUGCGCGCGAGCGCCCUCUUUUUUUUUUUUUCCCUCGGACGGGACCGUGUUUACGCACCGACCCCUCCUGCUUCUUGACUUCCCUGAAGGAGGAGGGGGGAGAGACCGGAGCGUGAGGUCAGCAGCGUAGCAUGAGUCAACCUCGGGGAUGUGUGCAGUCAUUCUCACUGGCCUGCCGCCGCCGCCGCCGCUGGCCGCACACCCGGAGAAAGUGUGCGAUCCCUCGAAACUGAGCCGCCGUCCGCGGAAGCCUUCGUGACAGUUGUUGCCCAUGAAUGAGAAAAGCCCACCUUCAGACCCCGCCCAGUGGGUCCCAGAGAGCUUCAGGGGGAUUUUGUCUCGAACGAGCGGCCUCGGUUCACGCAGACUCGGACUUCUGUUUUCGUUUUAAUCUGGCUUGUCGGAGUCCGAAGACGACACAGGCGCUCGGAUCGCUCCACUUCGGCCUGUUCAUGCUCACCAUGAGUGUGCCGGCCCAGCAGAAACCCAACGGUAAAAGAACAGGCAAGCGCAUCACGUUUUUCAGCGAUCAAACCGUAGCCAUGAAGGAGACGUCUCAGCAUCCCGACGGAGUCUUUUAUGUCCCGAGCGGCACCUCCUCGGAUCCCGGACAGAGCGAGGCGGCGAGCACUGUGACCUCCAAUCCAGAGGGUCCUCACGUGUUCCUCAACUCUGUCAUCUUCAGCCCGGAUAAGGGCGACCAGAGCAGGGGCCACUAUCAGCAGACUGUACCCAUGAAAUGGGCCCACCAGGAGCCCAGUCAGCAGCAGCCCUCCCUGUCCCAGCAGCAGAGGGCCACCACUUGGGCCAGCAUGCCCAACUGGGGGCAAAGCUUCGCAAACUAUCUGGGAGGACUGAACGUAACAGAAGCAAGAACUCAAAAUGCUUUUGUCAAAUCGAUGCACGAGACUUCUGGCUUACCGGCAUCGAACCGAGCGUCAGAGAAGCCUGCAGCAGAUGUGUACCGAGAUGCGGCCAAGCCUCGGGGUAUGGAGUGGGAGCAGCAGGCUUUUCAGGAGACGCUGAAACCGGGAGUGCUCAACACCCAGCAGCAGGGUCCGCCCCACCCCGGAGGGAGCAGCGUUCUGCAGCCUUUCCAGCUGGCCUUCGGUCAGCCCAAGCAGCACCUACCGCCGUACUAUCAGACCUUUCAGGGGACCCGGGCCGCUCUUCCCAACCCGCCGAACUACUCGGGCCAGAACGCCGUGCCCUCGCAUCGCUUGGAGCAGCUGCAGAAGCAAAAGCAGAUGCAGCGGCAGCAGCAGCAUCACGUAAUCCAGCAGCAAAUUCAGCACCACCAACAAAUGCAACAACAACAAAUCAUGCAGCAGCAGCUGCAGCAGCAACAAUUACAGCACGAGCAGCAGCAACAAAAGAUCCAGCAGCGGCAACAGCUCCAGAUUCAGCAGCAAAUGCAGCAUCAGCAGUUGCAACAACAAAACCCCCAUGUGCUUGACUUUUACUCUGGUGCACAAAAUGCGCCCCCUGAACUGCAGCCUGUUGUGGUUCACUCCCAAGAGUCCUCCGCUCCCGCUGCACCAAAGGCACAGGAGCCCAUCAUCCAGGACAUCACCCCGGAACCCCAGCAGCCCUCCCACCCGCCACAGCACCCCCUGCAGCCCGACCUGCCCUCACACCCUCAGACGCAGCUCCAGUCCCAAUCGCAGCCCCGCAGAUCCCGGCGACUGUCCAAGGAAGGGGGGGAGCCGUCCGACAACCCUUUUCUCCCGGUCUCCUCUGAGCAGAUCAAGUCCGAAAACGGGGCCCUGCAGGCUGCACCCACGGGAGUCAUCCAGAGCACGCGCAGGAAGCGCCGCAUGUCUCAGGAGGUCAACCUGGAGAUGCUGGCCCAGGAGGCGCUGGACAGGAAGCCUCCCUCACUCGAGAAGGAAUCCCACAGACCGUGGAGUCCCACCAACACGGAGGGCAUGAACACAAAGUGCCCACGAGACGACAACCUUCUGCCGCUCGUCAUCCCCGUUUCUGUUCCGGUCCUGAAGCAGGAACCGUCAUCUCCUGGACACGACGAGGCAGCUCUGGCUCCCAGCUGGACCCACGGGCCUGCCAAUCCACAGGAGCUGGGCCGGCGGGAUCACAAGCCGUCUGUGAUCGUCACUCGGAGACGCUCCCUCAGGAAUUCCUUAUCUGAAGGCUCAGAGCCGAAUGACGGUUUGGAGGGAGAAAAGGACGACGACGGCAAAAAGUCAAAGCGGCGGCCCCGGCCCGACCCGCUCUUCAUCCCGCCGCCCAAACUCAUCGCUCCGCCCGUCUAUUCCAGCAUCACCUCGUACCAAAGUCACCUGCGCUCUCCGGUCCGCCUCACCGAUAACCCAGUCACGAUGCCGCCCUACACGCCGCCGCCGAUCCUUAGCCCUGUCCGCGAAGGCUCGGGCCUCUACUUUUCCACGUUCCUGUCAUCCGUGGCAGCAAGCAGCGGCGGCCUGCCGCCGCCUGCAACCCCGAAGUCCGCCACACGCAGUUUGCUGCGUACCAGCAGCUGUGACAUCACACCGCCGGUGCUGUCUGCUAUGAGCGAGGCCACGCCUGUCAGCAUCGAGCCACGGAUCAAUAUCGGAUCUCGGUACCAGGCAGAGAUUCCAGAGCUGAGACUGAGAUCCGACGCCGAGCUGGAUCAGCAUCGGGCCGAGCUGGUUUGGGCUCCACUGAGUGCUUUGGAGGAGAAACCCGACUUCAAGCAGAAAGUGGAAGACCUCAUGCACCUGGCCUGCUCCAGUGUUUUGUUUGGGGGGGGCACCAACCAGGAGUUAGCUCACCAUUGUCUGCACCAGUGUGAAGGGGACAUAAUGGCGGCUUUGUCCAUGCUGUUGCUGAAGAAUCCAAUCUUCCCCAGGUCGCAUCACCUGUCCAGGUACCAUUACUCGGGAUCAGACAGCUGGACGGCAGCUGAGAGGCGCCAGUUCAACAAAGGCAUCGGCACAUACAAGAAGGACUUCUUCAUGGUGCAGAAACAGGUAACCACCAAGACGGUAGCGCAGUGCGUGGAGUUCUACUACUCCUUUAAGAAACAGGUGAAGAUCGGUCGCAGCGGGACGCUGGUUUACGGCGUGUCCGAGCCCCCGGAGAGCCGGACCACUGCUGAGGAGCUGGACCUCAAGGGCCCUCACAGACUGGAGCCGCAGCCGGAGGAGGACAGCAGGAAGUGGGAAGGUUCGCCUGACAGGAAGCUGGACGUCUGUCCCACCGGGGUGACCCACUCGCUGCAGCCUGCAGAGAACUCUGGUUUGGUCUUCAUCAUGAAGAGCCAGGAGCAUGUGGCCAGAGACCAGCCGCUGUCCAGGGUCAUCCAUCCAUCUCCCCUCAACGCCAAGCCGCGUUAUGACGUCACGCCGCGACGCUCCAGCCCCUCUGCGGGCAACCAAGUGCUCGCCGGUCAGGAGGGGGAAUUCCCCUGCAAGAAGUGCGGCAGGGUUUUCUACAAGGUGAAGAGCCGCAGCGCCCACAUGAAGAGCCACGCCGAGCAGGAGAAGAAGGCGGCGGCUCUGCGGCAGAAAGAAGCCGAGGAGCGGGCGGCGGCCUUCCUGGCUGCGGGGCACCAGAACGGAAAGCAGCUGAGCAGGACCAAUGAGGACUUUUCAGGCGGCGAGGACGAGGAGGACUGGCACUUGGAGGAAGGUCGUAGACACUGACGGGUUUGUGCAGAAAUCUCUCCAGUGGAACGCCCGUUUCCCUGGGCAACACAAACUCUUUUACCCCCCGGAAGCUUUUGGACUGUGGGAGUUUCCAUUUUUGUAAUCGUUGAACUUUUCGCAGACGUCCCCUUUACUCUGCCUGAAAAGCUGUUCUGGUUUCCUCUCUCGGUCACAGGGCUCACUGAAACAAAAGCCAUGCCGCUUCCUCCGGCUGCCGCGCGCCUCUUUCCUCAGCACUUUGAGCUCUCUGAGUUUUUUUGUGUGAAGUCUCGGACGAGCCACGCGUCUCUUUUUUGUCCCAGCUGUCAAACGCAGACGGAUGCGGCGGCGGUGACCAUAAGGCCACGCUGCUGCUGCUGCGUUCUGCGCUCCGAGACAAACGGACGACAGCAAACAAGCCGCCCGCUGCCAAAGGAGCUUUUUUUCUGACGCAUGAAAUGUUUAUUUGGGCUUUACUUCUGUGAACCCCCCCUCACAUGAGCUCCCAUCACAGUUCCUCAUCCUUCCUGUUUAUGCCUUGGAUGUUUUGGUGUUUUUUUUUAUCUCGGAAUGACAAUCAAUUUUACACACUUGGUGUUUUCCUUUUGUUAAACUGAACAUACAUAUAUAUGUAAAGACACACACAAACAUUUGUUACUCUGUCUUUUGUGUGGUUCUAUCUGGUUAUUGUUCAUUAGUGAAUAUUCCUGUUGGUGGUUUUAUUAAUAUUAUUAUAUCCUGGUUUUGGCUGCAAUUUUAUUUUAUGCUUUUUUGUUUAAUUUAAAAACAGAGUUAAUGCUAGAUGCUGCCUGUUUAGAACUGUGACAGUUAAUAUUGUUAUUGUUGUUGAUAAUAUUUUUGGAGGCGGCCAGAAUGAAGAAAAAGCAGAAUAUGUGCAAUAGAACAAGUUGGAUUUCCCCCCCCACACACACCCGUUUAUGAUUGGCCUGGUCCUUCAACCCCCCCCCAGCUGUCAAUCAGCUGUUGUGGAAGCCUUUAAGUCCCGUGAGCGACGGCGAGGCGUCAUUUGUGUCGGCAUACGUACACAACCAUCCAGCUGCAGACUCCUUUCAGAGUUCACCUACUUGAAAACAAGUUUUUAUUUUUUUGUUUCUUUGAAUUCUUUCCUCUCAAAGAUUACGCACAAUUUGCUGCAAUUCUGCAAAAAGUGUCCUCACAAACCUUCAUGGAGGAAGUCUGAAGCGGCUGAAAGUGAAAAUGGUUUUUCCUACCUCAGUUAUUUUGCUUCUGCACCUCCCUCAGACUGUUGCCUAUUAACGGAUAAAACUUUGCUCCCUUAAAGACAUUUCACGUCUGUGUUUUUUUUUCCAACUAAAACUCAACAUUUUCUGCUGCUUAUCACACAAAAAGUUCUACUCUGAGAUCUCACUUCUCUGGGACAUAUGCUGCCAAUGCUAGUGUCCGUUCUCUGAAACGGUUCAGACUGAAAUUCGUUUGUCUGCAGUUGGAUUUUUCAAAACGCACCUGCGCCAAAAACAUGAAAUUCUGGGUUUUCUGAGCAGAUCUGAACGGACGGCGUUCACUUGGAGCACUGAAACUUUUUUUUUUUUUUCUCCCCAGAUUCGUUAAUCAAAACAUAUCUCCACGUUAAGCCCUUAAGCCUGGAGCCGGUGUCUGUUGCCGUGGCAACAGAUGGGUUAAAGGGUUGUUUUCUUAUAAAGGACAAAACCUAGUGGGGGUCGGCGAGUAAAGGCUCCGUGAGUUUACCCUGGGUCUAUGCAGAGUCUGUUGCGUGUGAACGAGUGAGUUAUCGUCUUAAAGGUGUGUAUGAGUGCUGGAAAAUAAAAUGUUUGCUUGGUGACAGGUAAAAAUUGACUGUUCACAUGUUUGAUAAGUUAUUUAUAUUUCCUUUUUCUUUGUCUUGAAGCUCUUUUUCUAAGGGGUUCACACACAAAAAAAGGUUUCUAUCAAGCAUAGAAACCACCACAAACGAUUGGCUGUAGACUUUCUUUAUUUCAUCCAGUUAAUUAAGGGAAAUUAAAGGGGACAAAAGGUUUAUUUAGCUAAAAAUGAGACGUGUAUAUGAAAGCAAUUCUAUGUUUGCAUAAUUUCUAUGCUAUUUUCCUAUAGGGUUUACACUAACGAUGAAAACAGAAGGGAUUUCAAGUGCUUUUUAUUACGUAUCUGUUUUGAUUUGAUUUUUACGCCUGUGUUUUUUAGUAAUGAUUUUAUGAAGCACUGUAUAUUAAAGGUUUUAAACAUCCA